AAAGUGUGCAUCAUGGGAGAACCACUCUUGAACAACAGCAUCCUUGAUCAGUUUGUUAAUAGCCACGAGCAGUCAUAUGAAGAGUUUCUAAGUACAUUCACUUACCUUUUGAAAGAGGAAGAGGGAAAGAUCAAUCAAGGAAGUAAAGUGGAUUCCUUAAGAAAACCAUUUCCUGCUUUUGAUUUAUCAAGCAGAAGUAACCACGAUAGCCCACCUGGGAGAAGCAAAGAAGUGUGGGUGCCUCUUCCACCAGAGAUACCAAGUGAGAAUGAGAGAGUUAUGAAUGAGAGCUGGAAAGCUGGUGGCUCUGCUGGAAACGAUCACAGUGUGCCUGAAGGAGUGAAGGUGAACAAGGACACAGAUUUGGAAUUUACUGACAUGUGUGAAGAGAGAUGCAGUGGGUCAUUCGUUCUCCCAGGAGAGGCAGAGCAGACAAUGACUUACUGUGCACCCUUUUUGGAAAAACCUCUUCAACGGAAGUUCAGAACCUUGGCAGUUCCACAGACAUCACACAGCGAAGCCCAAAAGCUGCUGGGGGAUGAUGUUCAACCCUUCUCCCUCGAUGAAGAAUUUGAUUAUGACAAUGUGGCCCUGACCCCUAAGUUCUCUGAAGCUGAGCUGAAGGCCAUUUUCCAGUUGUCUGAAGAGAAGAAACUGGGACAGAUGUCAAGUCAGCAUGAGCUGAAGACUUGA